GUACCUACAGAUUACAUCAGCACAAGCGCAGGAGAGAGUUCCACUUCGGCUCUCCCCUUCCCCUUUCUUUUUUGUUUCGUUUCGUUUUUAGUUUCACCCGAUUCUACGUUUCCUCCAAGAAAGGAAAACUUGUCAGCAUGGCCCGUUUUUCAAGCACUGUACCAGUCCUUUUCUUUGCCUUUAGUGCCUGUAUUUUGUUCACUCUUUCUGAUGCUAUGUCGGUAAAUCUCGCGGAAGCAGUGGAUGCCGAGAUGAAGGCCCACCUGAUUCGAAUGGAAGUGCUUGCUGAUAAACUCCACUUUAAACAUCGGAGGGUAGUACGCGAGAUGAAAGAGAACCAUGCAAGAAUGAGAAGAAGAAGAGGGGCUAGUUUGGACGAUCUACGUCACGGAUUCGUUCCUGGGAGUGGAGUAGGAAACAGAGAAUCAUUGGAGAUUAAAGGCAUGGUACCCCUUCCGAAUUAUCAACCUGCAUUCUCUUCUAACGAAAAACCGCAGUGGAAUCACAUUGCGAUCAACAAGAAAAUCUUCAUGGUGACAUCGUCAUACGAUCCCGGUUUUCUUACGAUAACCGAAUUCAAUGCUACUCGAGAGAAUCUCCUUUCUGAGACGGCUACAUAUCCGAUACCAGUUCGAGCAAUGAAACCUUUCACGCAGAGUUACUAUGACAACGGAGUGACAACAAAAGAAAAUAAAAUCGUUGUUUCAUCAGAUGACGAAACCUUUGUCAUUGUAUUAAACGAAGAUGGCACUGAAAAUCAGAUCAAUAAUGUCACUGUAAUUCCACUGGACGUAACAGAUGUGGAUUUCUUCUCAAUUGGAGUGGAUUCCUAUCUGGUCUUUACUCGGGAUACUGAUGACCCAAAUGGAGAUAAAUCCGUAAUUUACCUGUGGAGUAGCACAAAUAAAGUCUUUGCAGUUAGACAAGAGAUAAGAACGUACGGCGCUCAGGAGGUUCACGCAUUUGAAAUGACUGGACAUCAUUACCUUUUGAUCAUCGAGAAAAAUAAAGAAUCCAGCAUAUGGAGAUAUAACACACGACAAAGCCAGUUCACACUAUUUCAUAGGUUAGAGGGCGGUGCCGCUAAAUCGGGUCUCUACUUUACCGAAGCACAUGAAAGUUUCAUUGUGAUCAUAACUGCUGCCGGAGAUAGAUCCAUCCUAUACCAAUGGGACGCAUUCGACUUUCACGAGUCUCAGUUCAUCAGCACCCCGAUGGCUUUGUCCUGGUCAACGAUGCGGGACCCAGCCACCUGCCAGGACGCACCGGUACUCGCCCUGUCGUCAAUGCGGGAAGGAGAAAAUUCGCUGAGACUCUUCACCGUCGUAGACUCGAAACUCGUUGGCGGUCCGUUUCCAGUAUCCCCAUUGCCAGUGGACUUGCCAGCCCCAGAAGGAGCCAUCGACCUCCACCAGUUUAACGAUUGGAAGGAAAACGUCUACACCGUCGUAUCAUAUGUGUUCGACAACCUGGGAGUACCAUUCUUCUUUGAACUUGACACGGGGAUCAAUCCUGUACCGAGCCCCUAUGGUCAAGCCGUCCAAGCGGCCUUGGGCAGCGCUGCAACCGCUAUUCGGAACCAGCUAGAUGAAUACAGGGAGAAAGUAAUUGACGGAGAGCAAGCGCUCAGAGACAAGAUAUCCCUCAAAGAUGGCGAGCUUGUGAUUGGUGGAAACGUCACCUUCAACGGGACCAUCAUAUUCAAUGGAACAGUAGUAGUCGACACGAUCGAUGCUGAUGACAUCAUCGUUGACAACACUGUGGAUGGAGUGGACCUUACUACAGUCUUAGAUGCACUUGAAGCCAAAGUGGAUGCAAAUACUGCUGCUGUCCAGGCUCUAAGGGCAAAGUUUGAUGACCGUGUUACAAAAAAUGGUGUGCAGACUGUCACAGCACACAAAAUCUUCAAGAGUUUGUCAGUAGAUGGCGAGCUAGAGGCUAAUACUAUCACAGCUCCAACAAUAAAUGGCGUGGAUAUUGAGGCACUUGAGAUCUCAGUCGUUAGAAAUAAUGAAAAUGGGCAGACGAUAGAUGGUGAGCUCAGCUUCGACAACAGCGUGUCCGUGGCUGGUGAUCUAGAUCUACAAAAUGGUGUCUUGGUCAACGGCUUUGAUAUGGCGAAUGCAGUCACGGAAACUGGGGCUCAGACAAUAUCAGGUGCAAAGAUCUUCUCCAAUGCUGUUUCAAUAACAGGUGAUGCUGUGGUUCAAGAAAGUGUUACUUUGGAUACAGUAGAUGUGUCUCAAGAUGUGGUCACCCUUGCUGGAACUCACACACUAAGUGAAAGCAUCACAUUUAAUGACGUCCUGACUGUGAACAGUAAUAUUGUGACGUCAAGCACAGUAGAUGGUGUGGAUGUGUCGGACAUGAAUGCAGAUACAGUACGGGAAUCGGGCGGUGUAACCAUUGAAGGUGAUGUCACCUUCCAGAAUAGUGUAACAGUUGAUGAUGAUGUCACAAUAGGUGGAGAUGCUAAUGAUAUUGAUCUUUCUGACUUUGACGAUCGGGCAGUAAGGAAAAAUGUUGAUAUAGAGAUCACAGGCCGAAAGACUUUUGAGAAAGCCAUCACAAUAAAUGGCAACCUUGAACUUCAAGCCAAGAUUGAUGGUGUAGAUCUAUUCACUGAUGCUCUACUUGUCAAUGCAACCAAUUCAUCCACCAUCAAGGAUAGCUUGAUUGAAGAUUUGCUCUUUCCCUACGGUUCAAAUGUUGGUGAUUUAUCCAUCCCAAUAGAAGACGAUAAUGCUUUCGUAUUGGUGACAAUGGAUCAGCCUCUACCAUUCUUUGGUACAACAAUUAAUGAAAUAUAUCUUAACGUGAACGGCUUGCUUUCAACCACUGAACCAGUUAGCAACUUCAUUCCAUUGCCAUUUCCAUUGCUAGGGGUAGGAUAUAUUGCUCCUUUCUGGGCGGAUGUGGACAUCACGGAAGGAGGAAACAUAUACUAUCGCCAGAUUAUGAAUCCCGCUGAAGAUGAUAUUGUCUCUUUAGAAAUAAACCGCAUCAUUUGCCAGGUCUUCAGAGUUCAUUUCAAAGCUAAUUGGAUAUUUGUGGUCACAUGGGAUGCAGUAGCGUACUAUGAAUCUACAAGCAGUAUUACAAACACAUUCCAGAAUGUGAUUGCCAGUGACGGAACCCAUGCCUACGUCAUCUUCAAUUAUGAUGAUAUCAAUUGGACCACAGGGUCAAUCAGCGGAGGGGCACCUGAAACAGGACUAGGCGGGAUUGCUCCAGCAGUAGUUGGUGUUAAUGCUGGCGAUGGUGAGGUUUAUCAUACCGUGCCUAGUUCCUUCACACCAGAUGUUGUCAAUAUCGAAGAAACCAGUAACAUAGGGGUUCCAGGAAGAUAUGUAUUUGACAUCGGCAACGUCGGCAACAUUCAGAACUUCAUGGGGCAAGAGGUUACGGGGGAAAAGACUUUCACAGAUGUUCUUAAAGUAGUCGGGUCUGUUUCUGUUAAUGGAUUGACGGACGGAGUUGACUUUGAUGAUCUGAUUACGCUUUCAGGAACCUGUACCAUAGAUGCAGACAAGAUCUUUGCUGACGGUAUCAUGGUGCAAGGUGACCUACACACAUCGGGUACCGUUGACGGUGUGGAUGUGUCUCUUCUAGCUAGUCAAGUCAUGAAGCGCUCUGGGACACAAGAGGUGCAAGGCACUGUUACAUUUGAGGAUAACGUGGUAGUCUCAAAGAGCGUGGUGGUGGACGGCACAGUCAACACUGUCGAUGUCAGUGCGAUGGAAGCAGAUGCUGUCUACGCUAACAAAGCGCUAGAGCAAGUAAUAACAGCCGAUAAGACAUUUACUUUACCAUUCAGCAUUGGAUCCGGUGGAAAUGUUAAAUUCACAGGCACCGUCAACACUUACGAAGUUGAAAAUGAUUUCAUGGAUCUAACCAGUGGCGAAUCAGUUACAGGAACAAAGACCUUCACUGAUGGGUUCUCCGCAUCAUCUGAUAUGAGUGUUACAGGCAAUGUGGACGGUGUAUCGAUGAGCACCCUCUGGGCCCAAGCAGCCCUAGUAACCGAGUCUGAAACUCUGGCAGGAACAAAAACCUUUGCUGGGACGAUGUCUGUAACGGGUGAUCUUACCGUAGGGGGCGAUGUUAAUACAGUCGAUCUUUCGACUGAAGUUAUGAUGGUUAAUGCCGACCAGGAAGUGACAGGUGCAAUGACCUUUGAAUGCUUUAAGGCCACUGGCAACGUACAGGCAGCAGAUGGCGACAUAACCAAUUUAAAUGGAGAGGACUGGACUGCCUUUGUUGACGGGAGAGUCACACUAUCUACAAAUCAGGAUAUCAGCGGUGAUGUGACAUUCGCCGAUCAAGUGACGGUGAAUGGAAAUAUAGAUACGGACAGUUUGGUCAAUGAUAUUGACCUUCCUGAUCUGAAAGAUUCUAUCCUGUAUAAGACUGGGGAUCAAACUAUCACUGGAGCAAAAACAUUUACAGGUUCUGUUGAGUUUGAUGGCGCAGUCUCCAUUACCGGUACUUUGGAUGGCGUCAACAUUGAGGACAUGACCGGUCGGGCGAUCUACCUUGAUGAUGGCACUCAGAGCAUUUCUUCAACGAAGACCUUCACUGAUGCGCUUAUCGUAUCUAAUCAUAUAACGGUAUCAGGGGACGUGAACGGUGUCGAUUUGGCUGCUCUAAACAGUGACAUUGUAUGGACAGACGAUGGUGCUCAGUCUAUAGCGGGAAAGAAGAUAUUCAAUGAUGGCUUCCAUGCAUCUCAGAGCAUCACUGUGAGUGGUACAGUCAAUGAUGUUGAUAUAAGUGAGGAUGUCCUUACACUAACACGUACCCAAACUAUUACAGGUUCGUAUACGUUUGACUCUGAUGUAGCCAUUGCUGAAUCCCUCACAGUAAGCGGAACCAUCAAUGAUGUUGAUAUCCAAGCCCUUGACGCUGAUGCGAUGAAGAAGAACGAAGUUCAAGAUGUGUCAUCCCACAUUGUAUUUGAGAAUGAUGUUUCAGUCACUGGAGACAUAACCGUGAAUCCGACCGAAACCGUCGACACUGUCGACCUUUCUGAACUGAAAUCCAUUGCCAAGUUGGUUGACGAACCAUUCACCCUCCCCAACGCUGUGACCUUUGAGAAACCAGUGACCUUUGAUGAUGUCCUGGACAUCACUGGCACGGUGCAUGAUAAGAACGUCCAGACCUGGGCACCAACCGUCCUCAGGCUCGAUGGGACUCAAACAAUCACUGGAAACCAUAUGAUUGAAGGAAGUCUGAGUGCCAAUGAGAUAAGUGUUCCGUCGACCCUUCAGACCAUUACUGCGUACGGAAUCAACGUGAAUACUUUUGUUGCGGAUGCCGUGAAGCUUCAAGGGGAUAGAACUAUCACAGGUUCAAAGACAUUCAUGAAUGACGUCACUGUAGAAAAAAGCAUUACUGUGAGCGGUACAGUGGAUGGUAUCGACAUAUCUGAUGAAAUUGUCACUUUAGAUGGUGCACAGACUAUAUCUGGAGCCAAGACAUUUGAUACCUGUGAUGUGCAAACGGCUGGAAACAUCCUCAUUUCAGGUUCUGUCAAUGACAUCGAGAUAUCCCAAGAAGAAGCCGACACCCUGGACUUCCGCAGUGCCAAGAAGAUGGAAGGCCACAAGACCUUCACUAAAGAUGCCACUGUGUCCGGCAACAUACAGUUCAAUGGGUAUGUUGAUGGCAAGGAUAUCACAGAGGGUUUUACACUCAAUACUGAACAGACCUCGACUGCGUACUACGUGUUCAAUCAGAAGGCAAAUGUGGAUGGGGAUGUCUCUGUGUCAGGCUUGGUCAAGACUGUCAAUCUCGGCAAUAUUAACACCAAGAGGAUCACCCUUGCUGGACUUAAUACCGUGGACGCAACAUUAACAUUUAACGACAUGGUCAUAUUAGAAGACAAUGUCACCACUGCGUAUCUCUUUGAUGGGGUUGAUCUGUCGGAGUUGAAUAUCCUCGAGGAUACAAGGUUCAACGAGUUUGAAGAUGACCUGUACAUGCUGGCGUGUUUUGCAGAAACGCAGUGCGAGCGCACCGAGUCUAUUGCUGGAGUAGUGAACAAUUUUAUUGACGCCAUAGAUUACGUUGAAAGCGUACAGAUCAUUGGGCAGCAUAUACGACAGUUUGAGCCAUUCUCCAUUGACGGGGAGACGUUCAUGGCGGCUGCUAUUUACUCCGACGAACACGGCGAUGUUUGCACUGACAGCAUUGUCUACAAAUUCAACACAACUACUGGGAACUUCCAAGAAUUCCAACGCUUACCGACCAAUGGAGCGGUUUCCUGGGAACACUUUUUCAUUGAUGAUGAGCUUUGUCUUGUGGUAGCUAACGCUGGCCACACGGCUUGUCCAGACUCAGAACCUGUGAUCUCCGGCAACAGCAUCUUCCGUUACCGUAACGAGAGCUUCACGCUGGUCGGCUCUGCUGGUGAGGAGAUGGAUGCAACCUCGGACGUGGCAGCGUUCAUCAUCGAUGGGGCAAUUUUCAUGGUGUUAACAACGUAUGAGGGUAACCUUGCCAACGUCUACAAGUACCAUGAAGGCUCCGAGAGUUUCCAAGUGUUUCAGGAUAUUACCACUGGAGUUACCUCCUCUGUGGAAAGUGUUAUGUUUGAUGAGAUGGUAUUCCUUGUUUUUACCUUGUAUUAUGAGGAGGAAUCUGCUGUUUACCGCUACAAUUCUACUGCAGAGAAAUUUGAACUAUUCCAGAUGGUUGAAUCGGAGCAUGCGAGGGUUGUCACAAGUUUCAACUACAUGAAUUCUCAAGGAUUCGCCCUGGCCGACCACAUCAGCGUUAGUGAUGUAGAUGCCACCUUUGAAGUGCAAGUUCGGGUUUUUACAUGGAAUGACGAAGAUGGUCGUUUUGAUAUGAUGUGGACGUUACCUGUUGUCGCUCCCGGAGAUGUGGAUGUUUUCAUCGAAGGAAAUUUCUUGUACAUGUGUGUUGUGCAGGAAUACCACUCAAUUGACCUAUUCAGAUACGAAGGUUCUGCUGGUUUUGUCAAGUUCUACGAGAUCCCCCACCAUGGCGUCCGAUCGGUAGAGAUUAUCAGUCUGCAGGACGAGGAGUACCGUGCUUCUGACGAUAUCGAGUAUGAACAACUCUUCAUAGCCGUGGCUGUCGACCCAUUCCCGAAACAUGACAUCUAUUCGAGGCUUCUAAAAAUCGUCAACAUUGGUGGAUCUGUUCAUGUGGAAACGUGGGAAGACAUGUGCGACAGUGGACUGAAAGACUCGACAAGAAUUAAUACACCGGAACCUACCUGCUAGCACCCGAUUGAUACACUGGAACCUCCCCAUUAACACCAGAUUUAUACACUAGGACAUUGGAUAGAUACCAAACAAACACUGGAAAUUAGAUGUAAGCACCUGAUUGCAUGAUUAUUGCACUUGGAGUGGACUGAUAUACAGUGCAAUUGCUAGCACUGGAUUCAUUGGAGCAUAUUAUCCGAUAACACCUGAUCGAUACAGUAUACUUACCUGCACCGAGUUAACUACUUAUCUUUUUUGGUACACUAGACCAUAACUGCCAGCACCAAAUGUGUACACUCUAUGUGGCUGGAUUGACACAGCAAAGCCUAUGGUGUUAUCACCAGAGGCUUAAGAAGCUUAAUAGGGAACCUGAUAUUUACACCACCUAACCACAAGGCAGGACACUAGAUUGAUGAUGAGCAAGUUUACACCUACAAAUCUUAAAAAUAAACACCCUAUUAAAGCACCUGCUUCAUUACCCUAGUAGAUCAACCAGAGUGGACACCAUACUAAACACAUUAUGUUGUUACCACAGUAGACUCUUAGAACCAAAAUCUCUUUUUAGCACUUGAUGGACUCGACCAAUAUUGCAACCAUUAAAAAGUAAUGUCAAAUGUAAUGUUCACAGAGCCCAUAUUACUCAUUUUAAUUAAGAUUGAAGCAUUUUUCACACUUUAAUCUGGAUGUUACUUUUUCCUGGUACUGUGUUUAACACAAAGAGGCAAGAAUUAAUUUGAAACAUUUCAGUGGCCUGUGUGUGCAAUCAAGCCACUCUAAAAAUGAACCAUUAUUAAAUGUACUAUUCUCUCA